UCCACAAAACCUCUGGCAACGCUUCGUGCUUGGAUUAAUGGCGUGCCACUCCACAUAAAUGCUCCUCGGUUUUUGCUUAUUAUUAACAACAUAGGCACCGCAAAAGACUUUUAUAACCGAACAUGUGUAAAUAGCUGGACAAGCGCAAUCCCAUCCAGAGUGCAGUGAUUCGAAGGAGACGCGCGCUAAGCGGUCAUCGAUAGCAGGGGUUCGCAAAAUUGCAAAAAAAUUGUGCCGCUUCCUGCCCGUUGUGAAAAGUAGCUCCCAUUGGCGGUGAGGAUGGCGGACAUAGUGUACCCCACUGGAUGCCGGCCGCUGGUCGAGGAUUUGGGCACAGACGAGCUGAUAAGGCGCCUCAAGACCCUCGCCAAUGUCCUGCAGACCAUGGACCAGGACGACAAUCUCUACCAGCAAUACAUACCAUUGGCUCUCCAUCUGCUGGACGACUUUUUCAUGCAACAUCCAUCCCGUGAUGUCCAGCUCUUAAUCGCGUGCUGCGUUGCGGAUGUCCUGCGGGUGUAUGCUCCCGAGGCGCCCUACAAAGAACAAGAUCAAAUCAAAACUAUAUUUAAGUUUUUUAUCAAGCAACUGCACGGUCUAAAGGAUCCACGCGAUCCCUCCUUCAAGCGUUACUUCUAUCUGCUGGAGAACCUUGCUUUUGUCAAGUCUUUUAAUAUGUGUUUCGAACUGGAGGACUGCCAAGAAAUCUUCCAAGACCUGUUUAGUACCAUCUUCAAGAUUGUCAAUGACCAGCACAGUGUCAAGGUUACUAACUUUUUUCUAGAUGUGCUAAGUCCGUUGAUCACAGAGGCCGAUAAUCUGUCGGUGGAAUUGUUGGAUCUCAUUCUGAUUAACAUUGUAGAGCCGUAUAAAUCGAACAACAAGUUUGCCUGCCAAUUAACAGAACAACUUCUCACUAAAACGGGCGAUGCUCUCGAGUCCACCAUCAAAAUGUUCUUUAACCGUGCUCUGGUCAUGGAUAAGCCAAACACAAAACUGUCCAUUACAAACAAAAUCUAUGAUAUCAUUUACGAGCUUAACCGCAUCAAUGCAGGCUUGCUGUGUUCAGUGCUGCCUCAACUGGAGAACAAACUGCUGUCCACGGACGAUGCUGAGAGGCUAAAGGCCACCACUCUCUUGUCUCGUAUGUUCUCCGAAAAGGACUCGCAACUAGCGAAAAAGUACCCAAACCUGUUGAAAAUCUUCUUUGGGCGCUUCUGCGACAUCACCGAACCAGUUCGCAUCAAGUGUGUUCAGUCGUCCAUGCACUUCCUGCUCAAUCAUCCAAGUCUUCAGCACGAUAUCACAGAGAAAUUGCAGCUUCGAAAUCACGAUCUAGACGAAGUGGUGCGCCACGAAGUGGUAAUGGCUAUUGUGGAAACUGCCAAGCGAGACUUCACCCUCGUUCUCGAAGCGCCCGAUCUACUAGAAAUUGUGCGCGAGCGGACGCUAGAUAAGAAGUACAAAAUUCGCAGGGAUGCGAUGAAUGGUCUGGCCUACAUCUACAAGCGCGCCAUUUGCGAACCCAACGAUCUAAGCACUGGCCUUAAGGUCAGGGUUGACUGGAUUAAGAACAAGAUACUGCAUGGAUACUACAAAGUGGGCUUGGAGGACCGCCUGCUUGUGGAACGCCUACUUAUCACCUGCCUGGUUCCCUAUAAACUAGCUCCGGAAGAGCGCAUGAAGAAGCUAUAUCAUCUGCUAGGCGAUCUCGAUGCCAACGCCACCAAGGCCUUCGUCGAGCUGCAGAAGAACCAAAUGAAGACACGCAAUACGGUCAGUGAUUGGAUCAAGCUACACCACUCUAAGGAGUUCACGCCGCGCGUGCUUAGUCAGCUCAGCGCCAAGCAGGCCAACAUCGCCAAACUGCUUCCAGAUCCCCUGAAAGCGGCGGAGUACCUUACCCAGUUUAGCAACAACCUGCGAAAGGAUGCUCAGCUCCUACGCUGCAUUAACAUAGUCCUUAAACGCGAUGUAAGCUGUCGAGAGUGUGCUGAUACGAUGGGAGUUCUUCUGAAAAAGCUUGGCGCACACGUCCAGUCGAAUCUCUAUUACAACACAGUUAAGAUGCUGAUUGAGCGCGUGGCUUCAGUGAUGGUGGACAAGGAAUCUAUUGGCGUACUUAUUAGCCUAAUUGAACAAUGCAUUGAGAAAGGGUCCAUGUGUGAGGAGAUCGGAAUUUCGGCUCAGGAAGCGGGGGAGCGCGGACUUAAGUUGUUAGCCAUGCUUUCAUACGUCUUCUCGGCUCACUUCUUCACCGAUACCUCGCUGCGUCAUUUAAUUUCCCUGCUCAGUUACGAGCAGGAUUAUGUUGCACCACUGGUGCUAAAGACACUAACUCAUCUGGGGCGCUAUCAGCCACUCAUUGACGACCCUACACCGGCUAUUCUCGAAGAGCUGGCACCGGUGUGCAAGGACUUCGCACUCAUUGGAACCCCCAAGCAAGCAAAGCACGCGGUGCGAUGUAUUUUCGUAAACAGCCAGUCGUCGGCUGCCACUGAUGGAGCAACAAGUGGAGCCGGAAGUGCGUCCACAACUACACAAACAGUGCAUCCUAUUUUUAACGAGAUCAUCGAGACGCUUCGCUUAAAACUGACACCAAACUGUGAGGAUCAGCGCACAAAGAUUGUGACCUUGGGUCACAUUGCCUACAAUAUGCCACAGGCCUUCCUGACGCCCAUUAAAAAUAUGAUUGCGCGACGUAUUGUCAAAGAGCUGCUUAUCCAAGAAGUUCCUGCGCAACGGGACUACGAACUGCCAGAGGACAGUGACUGGUGUGCCCAAGAGAAACUACCGCCGGACACUCUAUGUAAGCUGGAUGCGCUCAAGGCUAUGGCUAGGUGGCUUUUGGGACUGCGUACCGAUGAGCACGCUGCCCAGAAAACAUUCCGAAUGCUGGCGGCGUUUGUUAACCAACGAGGCGAUUUGCUCGGCCAGAACCGUCUUUGCGGUGCCGAGAAAUCCUGGCUGCGCCUCGGGGCAGCCUGCGCCAUGCUCAAAGUGUGCGAACAAAAGGGCGUGGGUGAUCAGUACAGCGCUGAGCAGUACUUGCAGCUUUCCCAGCUGAUGGCUGAUCCAGUGCCAGAAGUUCGGGAAAUCUUUGCUCGCAAGCUGCACAAAGGAUUGAGCAGAAGUUUGCCUAGGAACUGUUUGCCGCUGGACUUCAUGGGCUUGUAUGUGCUGGCUGGUCUAGAGACUGAGAGAAAAUUGCAAGACCUUGUGCGUCACUAUGCAGAAACGGAUGUAAACAAACGGCGGGAAUAUCUCAAGACUGUGGCUAUGACAUCUCCCGACAGCUCAACGGAGUCACAAUCACUACACAUACUACCUGACUACAUGCUGGCUUUCGCUAUUCCCGUGCUGGUCCACGAUCCCCGCUUCACGAAUCACGAGGACUACGUACAGCUGCGCAAGAUGGAGAAGUGCCUGCGUUUCAUUCUGGAGCCGCUGAUGGCCAAACGCGAAACGUUUGUCCAUAGCUUCUAUAAGCAGCUGCUGCAGCUGAUAAAGCAUCGCGAGUUCAGUCUAGGGUCGGACAAGCGCGACAACUAUAAAAUGUGGGCACUCUGCGAUCUUGCCAUGUACAUUAUCGACUCCAAGUUCAGUCCAUUUGAUGGCAACACGAGCACCUUCUCCAUGCCGCUGGCUUUGCCGGAAAUGUAUUAUAAACAGCCUGCCGUUGCGAAUUUCCAAAACAAUGACGUCUAUAUACCGCUGGACGUGUAUACGCUGGGAGCCAAAUCCACGAGCAAAGCUGCCGCAACAGCAAUGACGACGUCGCGAGCAGCAGUAGCUCCAAAGAGACCGGCGGAACAGUCAAUCAUGGAUGAUGAGAAUCCGCAGGAGAACAAUCUGUUCGACAACAUACGAGCGGCUGACACUACGGAGCCCAUGGCCAAACGAACGCGCGCAGGAGCCGCUUCAGCCAAAUCAUAGGGGCUGGGAUGGCGCAGACUGGAGGUGGAGUGAGCGCAUACUUGUUAGUUUAGUUAUGUUUAGUCUAGGCGCCUAAGUUAACUAAAUAUUUAAGACGUAGGAAAGACCACGAUAGUUGUUAAACCGACACUACCUUUAUCCACACCAUGCAACUCACAACUUAGCACCCAGAAUUCGGAUUGUUCAGUUUCGCAUUCAGUAUGUACUAUAUCAAUUUUGUGAGAUACACCAAAAACACAAACAUCAACAAAAAAAAAAAAGAAAAAAGUGUCGAAAAAUCUGUUAACCGCAACUCUGUAAAAGUAAUUAUUUAUCAUUUAAAAUGUUUUAUCCUGUUCUUUUAUAGUGUUUGAUUUAUUAAUUGAUUUUAACAUUAUUUUUAGACUAUUGUAUAUCGAAUAAAAAAAGGAAAGUAUAUCGCGCAUAAGUUAAA